AUGGCGGAGGCUGCAGCUCCCGGAACAACAGCCACACCAUCAGGAGCAGGAGCGGCAGCGGCGGCGGCGGCAGCGGCCUCCCCCACCCCUAUCCCCGCAGUCACUUCGCUGUCCCCGGGGGCGGGGGGCGGGGGAGGCGGCAGCGACGGCGGCGGCGGCGGCGGCUGGACUAAGCAGGUCACCUGCAGGUAUUUCAUGCAUGGGGUUUGUAAGGAAGGAGAUAACUGUCGCUACUCACACGACCUCUCUGACAGUCCAUAUGGUGUAGUGUGCAAGUAUUUUCAACGAGGGUACUGUAUUUAUGGAGACCGCUGCAGAUAUGAACAUAGCAAGCCGCUGAAACAGGAAGAAGCAACUGCGACAGAUCUAACUGCAAAGUCAUCCCUUGCUGCUUCCUCGAGUCUCUCAUCAGUUGGACCGACUGUUGAUAUGAAUAUGGGCGAAGCUGAGUCAAGAAAUUCAAACUUUGCAACUGUAGGGGCUGGUUCAGAAGACUGGGUGAAUGCCAUCGAGUUUGUUCCAGGGCAGCCCUACUGUGGCCGGACUGCCCCUUCCGCUGAAGCCCCGCUGCAGGGCUCAGUGACCAGGGAAGACGCAGAGAAGGAGCAAAGCGCAGUGGAGACCAAGAAGCAGCUCUGCCCCUAUGCUGCGGUGGGGGAGUGCCGCUACGGGGAGAACUGCGCAUAUCUGCACGGGGACGCAUGUGACAUGUGCGGGCUGCAGGUCCUCCAUCCCGUGGAUGCCGCCCAGAGGUCGGAACAUAUAAAAUCCUGCAUCGAGGCCCACGAGAAGGACAUGGAGCUCUCGUUCGCAGUGCAGCGCAGCAAGGACAUGGUGUGUGGCAUCUGCAUGGAGGUGGUCUACGAGAAAGCCAGCCCCAGCGAGCGCCGCUUCGGGAUUCUCUCCAACUGCAACCACACCUACUGUCUCAAGUGUAUUCGCAAGUGGAGGAGUGCUAAGCAAUUUGAGAGCAAGAUCAUAAAGUCCUGCCCAGAAUGCCGGAUCACAUCUAACUUUGUCAUUCCAAGUGAGUACUGGGUGGAGGAGAAAGAAGAGAAGCAGAAACUCAUUCAGAAAUACAAGGAGGCAAUGAGCAACAAGGCAUGCAGGUAUUUUGAUGAAGGCCGUGGGAGCUGCCCAUUUGGAGGGAACUGUUUUUACAAGCAUGCGUACCCUGAUGGCCGUAGAGAGGAGCCACAGAGACAGAAAGUGGGAACAUCAAGCAGAUACCGGGCCCAACGAAGGAACCACUUCUGGGAGCUCAUCGAGGAACGGGAGAACGGCAACCCUUUUGACGACGAAGAGGAGGUUGUCACCUUUGAGCUGGGCGAGAUGUUGCUUAUGCUUUUGGCUGCAGGUGGGGACGACGACCUGACAGACUCUGAAGAUGAGUGGGACUUGUUUCACGAUGAGCUGGAAGAUUUUUAUGACUUGGAUCUAUAG